AUGGCUACUUUACCUAAAAGAAUCAUCAAAGAAACAGAAAGAUUAGUAAGUGAUCCAGUUCCUGGUAUUACUGCAUCACCACUGGAUGAUAAUCUUCGAUACUUUGAAGUUACUAUUGAUGGACCAAGUUUAUCACCAUAUGCUAAUGGGAAAUUUCAAUUAGAAUUAUAUUUACCUGAUGAAUAUCCAAUGUGUGCCCCAAAAGUUCGAUUUUUAACGAAGAUAUAUCAUCCUAAUAUUGAUAAGUUAGGAAGAAUUUGUUUAGAUGUAUUAAAGGAUAAUUGGUCUCCAGCAUUACAAAUUAGAACUAUAUUAUUAUCGAUUCAAGCUUUAUUAGGAGCACCCAAUCCGGAUGAUCCAUUGGCCAAUGAUGUUGCUCAAGAAUGGAAACAAGAUGAACAAAAGGCUAUUCUGGUUGCUAAAGAAUGGACUGAGAAGUAUGCUGUUAGUAAAGAUUAA